GAAGGUACAGAUGUAAAAAGAAAACUCUUGAUGACCCUGAAAGGGUUGCUUAUGUUGAGUAUAAAUAGUUUAAAACCAAAGAAUUCUCUGCAUAGUCUGUUUGUCCUUUGCUUGAGGAACAAUCUUAUAAAACUCUAUUUCAACAUGUUCAAAUUGUUCGCAUUCUUGGCCCUGUUGGCGGUGGCUUUCGCAGCUCCAGCUCCAGCUCCUGCAAUCCUGGCUUUGCCAGCUUAUGACACAGCCUACAUCCCAGCAGCGCUACCACUUGCUACCAGUUCUCAGUCCAUCGUUCAAAAUCACAAUUCACUGAAAUUUGGAUAUGCAUACUCGCCCUACUCGACAUAUUUAGCUUACCCUGCACUUUAAAUUAAAAAAAAAGAAAAAAGAAAAUAAAACACCAACAACAACACCAAUGACAACUUUAGGCAUUCAACACAUCAUUGAAAUUUCGUUCAUCGACAUAUUUCCCGAUUUGUAAUUAUCAUGCAAUAAAAUUCUUCAUUCAGCAAAAUUA